CCUGUGCAAUUUUCCUGUUUCGCUUUCAUCUUGACUCAAAGUCGUCAGUCUAUUAUUUGCAUCUUCUUCCCUCCUCUCUUCCAUUUCUCAAUCAUCUCUCUGCUCAGAGUUUCACUGCAGGCCAUGGUUUUACUCUGCAGUCUCCCUUCUUUCUUCCUUUCCUUUUCCUUCGUUUUACUAUCGCCAUCCUCAAACUUCAUUCCAUCCUCAAACGUCAUUCCUCAAGCUCGAGAUUAUGAUCAUCCAACCGCCACGCUUUCAACACAGUGGACGAUUAACGCAACAGCUAAUCACUCCACCCAAUAUAGAGAUGGAUCGGUCGUGCAGGAAAUUCUAUUCCGAGGCAAAGGAGCUACUGCCUACUACUCCUGCGGCUUCUAUUGCAAAGGUAACUGCACCUCUUACCUCUUUGCUGUUCUAAUCUUCCCAGCUGUCCUUUUUGAAAGGGGACCGGGCGAAGGUCCACGAGUAGUGUGGUCUGCCAAUCGAAACAAUCCCAUAAAGAUUGGCGCGACAUUGGAGCUCACGCCUGAAGGCGAUUUGGUGUUGAAAGAUGCUGAUGGUACGGUUGCUUGGUCCACAAACACUUCUGCAAAGUCUGUUGUAGGCCUGAACUUGACAGAUUUGGGGAACCUCGUAUUGUUUGAUAAGGACAAUGCGACAGUUUGGCAGUCCUUUGAUCACCCAACCGACUCACUUGUCCUCGGACAAAAGUUGAGGCAUGGGCAAAGAUUGACGCAGAGUAAUUCCGAGACAAAUUGGACCAUUGACGAUAUGAUUACGUUUUCCGUGAAUAGCGAUGGUUUAUCUGCUCAAGUGGAGACUAAUCCUCCUCAAAUCUAUUUCAACUACAAACUUGACUUUGGGAAUACAAGUAUCAAGAUUUCAUAUGUUGAGUUUGUAAAUGGAAGCUUGUCUUGGUUCUCAAAUUCUACCUCGAGUGGGACCUUCUUUUCAAUCCCUUCAGCACCUACAACACAACACAUGACGCUAGGCUCAGAUGGGCAUUUGAAAGUGUAUAAGUAUGGGAGGGUAGAAGUGGCCGAUCUUUUCGAAUUGUUUGUCGGUGACUGUGCCUAUCCGACGGUGUGUGGGCAAUAUGGAAUUUGUUCCAAUGGACAAUGUAGUUGUCCGGCUUCAAGUGGGGGCACGAGCUACUUCCAGCCAGUAGAUGCUAGGCAGCCUCAGCUUGGGUGUUUCGAGAAUGGUCCGUUGUCUUGUGGGGCUUCACAACAACAAAGUCUUCUGGAGCAAGAAAAUAUCGCGUAUUUUAGUUUGACUCCAAAUCUCGAGCAUAUAGAUGUUUCAAGUUGUAAAGAGGCUUGUGCAAAGAAUUGUUCAUGCAAAGCAGCUAUAUUUCGAUAUGAAUCGAAUCGCACUAAUGGCAGUUGUUACUUACCAACUCAAGUAUUUUCACUUAUGAACAUUGAUUUGGCAACAAGUCCUUAUAAUUCCACUGCUUUCCUCAAAGUACAAAAUUUGACCAAUGAAGCUCCUUAUACUCCAGUUGACAAUCCUAUGAGCAAUGAAGCCCCUUAUACUCCAGUUGACAAUCCUAUGAGCAACCGUCUCCCUGUAAUACUUGGGUCCAGCCUUGGAGCUCUCUUUGCCAUGAUGAUUUUGAUUGUAGCCAUAGUUUUGUUUGUUCAAAAGAGAGAUGAUAAUCAAGCAGAGGAGGAUUACCUUGAUAAUGUACCUGGAAUGCCCACUAGAUUUGCAUAUGACGAUCUAAAAACCAUCACAAACGGAUUUGAUAGAAAGCUUGGCGAAGGCGGUUUUGGUUCUGUUUUUGAAGGUACUCUAAGGGAUGGCACAAAGGUUGCAGUAAAACGCCUUGAUGGUUUUGGGCAAGUUAAGAAAUCCUUUCUAGCCGAAGUUGAGACUAUUGGCAGCAUCCAUCAUGUGAACUUGGUAAGACUCAUGGGAUUUUGCGCUGAGAAAUCCCAUAGGCUCCUUAUCUAUGAGUACAUGUCGAAUGGGUCUUUAGAUAGAUGGAUCUUUCACAAAUCCAAUGAAUGUGUUCUCGACUGGCAACAAAGGAAGAAGAUCAUUCUUGAUAUAGCAAAAGGACUUAAUUAUCUUCAUGAAGAUUGCAGACAGAAGAUAGUUCACUUAGACAUUAAACCCCAAAAUAUCCUUUUGGAUGAAAAUUUCAAUGCUAAGGUUGCUGAUUUUGGGUUAUCCAAGUUGAUAGACAAGGACCAAAGCCAAAUCGUCACAACCAUGAGAGGAACUCCUGGUUAUUUGGCCCCCGAAUGGCUAAGUGCAGCAAUCACUGAAAAGGUCGACGUGUAUAGCUUUGGCGUGGUUAUCUUGGAGAUAUUGUGUGGGAGAAAAAUCUUUGAUCGCUCUCUUGAUGAAGAAGACAUGUAUUUAUUGAGCCUUUUUAAGAGAAAGGCAGAAGAGGAACGAUUGUUGGACAUUGUGGAUAAGUCUAGUGAUGACAUGCAACUAAAUGGAUCGAAUGCAAUGAAUAUGAUGAGGAUUGCCGCAUGGUGCUUGCAAGGAGACUAUAUAAAGAGGCCUCCCAUGUCCAUGGUCAUCAAGGCAUUACAGGGUAUCGUGAAAGUUCAAGAAGACUUGGAUUAUGACUUCUCUGCUCAGCCUUCCAGUGGUGGAGUAGUGAGAUUCGAUCUCAUGGACGUCGAAUUUAAUGCUACCGCUACAUUACUACCCUCAAUCCUAAGUGGUCCACGAUGACGCAGCAAAUUUAGAAGAACUUUUCUUCCCAAUAUGUCAAGUGGUAGAACAAAUGGACGAUUGAAUUUUUCGGUCCGUGAGGACUCCAACUUGUCAUUCUCUUUUUCAGGCCAAGGAAAAAGCCUGUGACAUGAUAUCAUUUCUUAUUUUCACUUUUGCCAAAAGGAUUGAAUAGGUUAGGAUUUUGCAAUUGGGUUUUAUUGCUUAUGUAGAAACCGUCAUGCUCAAGUUUAUUGUGUGCUAGCCUAGGGAAAAAGCUGCUAGAAAUGUCUUUUGUUAACUUUACCAAAU